GAAGUUUGGAGAGAGACCAUGAGACCUGAAACGCACCCUGUUAUCUUGUGAUGUCACCUCUGGAAUGUCCUGAGUGUUUUGGUGACCGACUUUUGCAUAGAACCUAUACCUGGCACCUGACAUUGUACUCAAGGCCAAAUUUUACAAGGAAAAGAAAUACCAGUUCUGAAAGCUUAGAAAUUCCAGUCAAUGCGGUUCCACCUCAGAAGGGCGCAGCCGAGCCUUUCCUGAGGCUCCAGAACGUGCACCCAGGCCCGCGCUGCUCCCGGCAGGCCGCCCUGCCCAGGCUGAGCCGCCGGGUGGUCAGCCAGCACUCGGACCCGCUAAACCGCUUCUCCUCGGUGCCCCUGGACCCCAUGGAGCGCCCCACCUCGCAGGCCGACCUGGAGCUGGACUACAACCCGCCGCGGGUGCAGCUCAGCGAUGAGAUGUUCGUCUUCCAGGACGGCCGCUGGGUGAACGAGAACUGCCGCCUGCAGUCGCCCCACUUCUCUCCGUCGUCGUCCUUCCACCACAAGCUGCACCACCACAAGCGCCUGGCCAAGGAGCUGCUGCUGCAGGAGGAGAACCGCGCGCUGCGCGAGGAGAACCGCGCCCUGCGCGACGAGAACCGCGCGCUGCGCCGGGAGAACAAGCUGCUGCAGGGCCUGUGGGAGGAGCGCAAGGCGGCGCCGGGCCGCCAGGACAGCCGCGGCUCCUCUUCCACGCCCGUGCUGCCCCGCGAGGCUCCGGAGGGCCCCGCCGCCAAGGACGGCCCGCAGGCAGCGCGCGCCAAGGACAGCAGCGCCCUUCAGCUGCUGCGCGAGGAGAACCGCGCGCUGCAGCAGCUGCUGGAGCAGCGCAAGGCCUACUGGGCGCAGGCCGAGGAGCAGCGCACCCCCGCCGACGAGCACAAGCCGGCCGCCGCCGUGCACGACGAGCCGCCCGACCAGGCCUCGGGCCUCCCGUCGCCCUUCGAGGAGCCCAAGGGGCCCGCCAAGCCUCCCCCCGAGGACGCUAAGACGCUGCACGCCCUGCGCGAGAUGGUCAGCACCCUGGCCGGCGCCCCUGGCGAGGAGGUGGGCAAGGCGUGCCCGGGCCUCCCCGACGGAGGCAGCCUCGGCGGCCAGUCGCUGGAGCUGCUGCGGGAGAUGCACCAGGCGCUGCAGGCCCUGCGCCAGGAGAACCAGAGCUUGCAGCUGCUGCGCGAGGAGAACCGGCUGCUGCAGGAGGAGAACCGGGCGCUGCUCACGCUGCGCGAGGAGCACCGGCUCUUCCAGGAGGAGAACAAGGCCCUGUGGGAGAACAACAAGUUGAAGCUGCAGCAGAGGCUGGUCAUCGACACGGUCACCGAGGUCACCGCCCGCAUGGAGAUGCUCAUCGAGGAGCUGUACGCCUUCAUGCCGGCCAAAAGCAAGGACCCCAAGAAGCCCAGCCGUGUCUGAGGCCCCUCCUGGCCUGCGCCCCCCCCCCCCCCCCGCCUUGGUGCUCCAACCGCGGGGGGGCAAUAAAGAGGGGCCCUUAACACUCA